AUACUGAAAUUGACUGGAAUACAUAUAUGACCCAGGUUUCUAUUUAUUUAUCAGGUGAAAGAAAUUAUCUCAAUAUUAAAGGUGAUACAGGACCAAUUGUAUAUCCAUCAGGAUUUCUUUAUUUAUAUACUUUUCUUUAUAAAUUGACAGAUGGAGGGAGAGAUAUUGCAAGAGCUCAGUAUAUUUUUAUGUUGGUUUAUCUUUCAACACUUUUUUUUAUAUUUAAGAUUUAUCAAACAAUAAGAGCACCUUUGUAUACAUAUUUUAUGUUAAUUUUUUCAAAACGUCUUCAUAGUAUAUAUUUAUUACGUCUAUUCAAUGACUGCUGGGCAAUGCUUUUUUCAUAUAUUGGGGUUUAUUCAUAUGUUCAGAAUUCCUGGAUAUUGGGUACUCUUUUUUUUGGGAUUGCAUUAGGAAUUAAAAUGAAUGUUUUACUUUUUUUCCCUGCUAUAAUUAUGAUAUUAUUUCAGAUUUUGGGUCUAAGGCAUAUGUUAUAUCAUUUUUUUCUUAUUUUUGGUAUUCAGACAUUAUUAUUUAUACCUUUUAUUUCUUAUAAAAAGGAAUAUAUUUCUAGAGCUUUUGAUUUUUCUAGGGCGUUUCUUUAUGAAUGGACUGUCAAUUGGAAGUUUUUAUCAGAAGAUGUCUUCUCUUCUAGGGAAUUUUCAUUUUUAUUACUUUUUAUUCAUGUAUUAAUACUUUUUAUUUUUUCUAGCACCUUAUGGAACCGGAUAUCUGGACGUUCUUUAAAAGAACUUGCAUUAUCUUUAUUAAAUACAAAAACAUUAUUUAUUAAUAAAGUAUAUAAAACAUCUUUUCAGACUCAGCGUCUUAUUGUUAUUAUACUUUUUACAUCUAACUUAAUUGGGGUUUUAUGUGCACGUUCUUUACAUUAUCAAUUUUAUUGUUGGUUUGCAUGGAGUAUACCUUAUAUUCUUAGUCAGACACGUAUACAUCCAUUUUUUCAAUUUUUUAUUUGGGCACUACAAGAAUAUGCAUGGAAUGUAUAUCCAAGCACAGCUUAUAGUUCUAUAAUUGUAAUUAUGGUUCUUAUUUCAGUUUUAUUUCUUCUUUUAAUUCGGUGCUAA